AUGGCUCCUUUAGAGGUACCUACCUCGGCUGCACCCGCAGUACCCACCCCUACCAUAUUUACGGUACCACUAGGGGUACCACCGACAUACCCGGCACCUGCUUCGGUCGAGCCUACGGUGUACCCGGCACCACCGCCACCUAGACCUACCAUGUACCCGACACCAGCAGCACCUGUGCCCCCAGUGCCCCCAGUGCCUACAGUGCACCCAGCACCUGCACCAGUGGUACCGGUUGCUCCAUUUCCGAUACCACCACCUACCGUACCUCUAGCCGCGACCAUUCAUAUCGACCUUCCAGUACCUUCAGUGGUAUAUGACCCAGUUUAUGCAGCAGCACCGGGAGUACCUCCCCCGGUCUAUCUAGAGGUACUACCUGUACCACCAUCUCCAGGGAUUUCGUUAGUUCUCGCGUCGAUCCCUACCCACCUCACUGAUAUUGCCGCGGCAUGA